UUCCAAAACCUGGUCCAGCGGUAGUGCCCUAAUCCCGUCAUAUCCAAAUUGAUCCAAAACCCCGCCAAGCCCCCCUCCAAAACCCUCUUCGCGCCUCUCUCUCUUCCGUCGCCGUAGAUCACCAAAGGCUCUUCCUUCUCCCUUCUUCCCCACCAUUCUCUCUCUCUCUCCGAGAGAAAUCAAUGGCGUGGGAGGACGAGAUCGUCGAAUUGGACGUGGCUUCCGCCGGCGUCGUCGUGAGCGAGCGCAUCGAGAAGGAAGCUGCCGGCCAGGUCGACCUGCGAGAUGCUCUCGAAGCUUCGAAACUCGCCAGCCACCCCUACUCUUCGCAUCCAAAAGAGUGGCCUCCUCAUUUAGAAGUUGUAGAGACUCGGGAAUUACCUCCCGUGCUCAUCGAAAGAUACAAUGCAGCUGGUGGUGAAGGAACGGCAUUAUGUGGAAUUUUCCCAGAGAUAUGCCGUGCUUGGGCUUCAGUCGACAAUUCUUUGUUUCUUUGGCGCUUUGAUAGCUGGGAUGGCCAAUGCUGUGAAUACAGUGCUGAGGAUCAUGCAAUUUGUGCUGUAGGACUUGUCAGACCAAAGCCUGGAAUUUUUUUGGAAGCAAUCCAAUAUCUUUUAGUUCUUGCAACUCCAGUUGAGCUGAUUCUCAUAGGAGUAUUUUGCACUGGAAAUGAGGAUGGAACGGAUCGAUAUGCUGAGCUUUCCUUACAGCCUUUACCUGAAUACACAAUAGCAUCUGAUGGCGUUAUCAUGACCUGCAUGACAUGUACAGAUAGAGGUCGAAUUUUUCUAGCUGGGCGUGAUGGUCACAUAUAUGAAAUGCAGUAUUCAACUGGUUCAGGCUGGCAUAAGUGCUGUCGCAAGGUUUGCCUCACAGCAGGUUUGGGCAGUCUUGUUUCAAGAUGGGUCUUGCCAAAUGCUCUUAAAUUUGGAUCUGUUGAUCCAGUUGUGGCUAUGGUUGUUGAUAAUGAAAGGCAUAUUUUGUAUUCUCAAACAGAAGAUAUGAAACUACAGGUCUUUGACUUGGGAGCAAAUGGGGAUGGUCCAUUUAAAAGAAUUGCUGAAGAGAAAAAUUUGAUUGAUCCUCAAGAGACACAAUAUGGGGGUAGAAGGUCUGCAGGAUCGAGAGCAAAUACUCCAGCAGCAAAACCAUCUAUAGUUUGUGUUGCUCCUUUAUCUAUUAUGGAAUCAAAAUGGCUGCACACUGUUGCUGUUUUAUCAGAUGGCAGAAGAUUGUACCUUACUACUACAGGUGGAAAUGAUUGUUUAACGGGACAAAGUAGUGCUCAUCAAAGGCCACGCUGCUUAAAAGUUUUAGCAAGUAGGCCAUCACCUCCUUUAGGAGUUGGUGGCGGACUCACUUUUGGCACUAUGUCUGCAACUAGUAGAACUCAGGCUGAUGAUCUUGCUCUGAAGGUGGAAACAGCUUUUUAUUCAGCUGGCACACUUAUACUUUCCGAUUUAUCAACUCCAGCCUUGUCCUCUCUUUUGAUUGCUAACAGGGACUCAAGUAUGCAAUCGCUUGUUUCUGGUAGCUUUGGAAUGACUGCAACAAGUUCUUGUGCAUUACGUGAGAUCGUAUCAUCCUUGCCUCUAGAGGGUCGAAUGCUUUUUGCAGCUGAUGUUUUACCCAUGCCAGAUGUAGCAGUAGCUGUGCAGUCAUUGUACUCAGAUACAGAAGGCUUCUCUUUGACGGGAUCUAGCGAAUCAUGUGAGAAGGCAUUAAGGAAACUUUGGGCUAGAGGAGACCUGUCAAUUCAACAUAUCUUACCUCAGAGGAGGAUUGUUGUGUUCGGUACCAUGGGUAUGAUGGAGGUAGUUUUUAACAGGCCAGUGGAUAUUCUGAGAAGGUUGUUGGAGUCCAAUUCACCAAGACCUCAGAUAGAGGAAUUUUUUAAGCGUUUUGGAGCCGGAGAGGCUGCAUCUAUGUGUUUAAUGAUAGCAGCCAAGUUGGUUGACAAUGAACAAAAUCUAAUGAGCAACACAGUUGCUGAGAGAGCUGCAGAAGUAUUUGAGGAUCCAAGACUUAUUACAAUGCCACAACUUGACGGUAGCACUGCAUUGUUGAACACUAGGACUUCAGUUGAAGGCUUCAGCAUGGGGCAGGUUGUGCAGGAGGCUGAACCUGUGUUUUCUGGUGCACAUGAAGGACUUUGCUUGUGCUCAUCUAGGCUGCUCUUUCCUAUAUGGGAACUGCCUUUUAUGAUUGUCUGUAGAGAAGUAGGCUCUGAUGCUCACUUUAAUGAAGGGGUGAUAGUAUGCAGACUUUCUGUUGAGGCAAUGCAAGUCCUUGAAAGCAAAAUUCGUUCCUUAGAGCAGUUUAUGAGGUCUAGAAGAAACCAGAGAAGAGGGCUGUAUGGUUAUGUUGCUGGUCUAGGAGAUAUAACCAAUUCUAUUGUUUACUCAGAAUCAGGAACUAAUAGUCAAAGUACAAGCAGAAAUUUAUUAGUACCACACUCUCAAAAUGCUGAAGCAGGAGAUGCUGUGGCUCCAAAUAAAAGGCUGCGACUUCCUUACAGUUCUGCUGAACUGGCAGCCAUGGAGGUGAGGGCAAUUGAAUGUCUUAGGAGGCUGCUUCGAAGAUCCAGUGAAGCAUUAUUCCUACUUCAACUUAUUUCAAAGCACCAUGUCACUCGCUUGGUGCAAAGUUUAGAUGAUGAUCUACGCCAGAAACUUGUUCAUAUGACAUUCCAUCAGUUGGUAUGUUCUCAGGAGGGAGACCAGCUUGCCAUGCAGCUUAUUUCAGGACUCAUGGAGUACUACAUUGGUCCAGAUAGCCGGGGCACGGUAGAUGAGAUUAGCAUGAAAUUACAGGAUGGUUGUCCAAGUUACUACAACGAAUCUGACUAUAAAUAUUUCCUAGCAAUAGAUUAUCUUGAGAGAGCUGCUGCUACCACUAACUCUGAGGAGCGAGAAAAUCUUGCUAGAGAUGCUUUCGGCCUUUUGUGCAAAAUUCCUCAAUAUGUGGAUUUGAACACUGUAUGCAAACGAUUUGAAGACUUGCGAUUUUAUGAAGCUUUGGUACGACUGCCUCUGCAAAAAGCUCAGGCUCUUGACCCUAAAGGUGAUGCAUUCAAUGAUAAAAUCGAUCCAGGCAAUCGAGAUUAUGCACUUGCUCAACGUGAACGAUGUUAUAACAUUAUUAUAAAUGCCCUUGGUUCUCUGGCACAAAAAGGGACACAGACGGAGUUCAGUGCUUCUGUUAGAUUUUCGGGCAUGAGGUCUGUACUUGACCAGGCUUCACGGGACAAGUACAUACACCAAAUUAUUCAGCUUAGUGUUCAAUGGCCCGACACAGCCUUUCAUAAGUAUUUGUACAGGACACUAAUUGUCUUGGGCCUUGAAAAUGAGUUACUGGAGUAUGGUGGUACUGAUUUGGUUCUAUUUCUACAGAAUGCUGGCAGAAAGCCAACAGAAGAGGUUCAAGCUGUCACCGCCAUAACACGAAUGGCUUCUGCAAUGCGUGAUUUGGAGGGACCGAUUCCUUCUAGCCACACCAAGUAUCUUGACCUUCUAGCAAAAUAUUAUGUCUUGAAGCGGCAGCAUAUUCUUGCUGCUCAUAUACUGUACAGGUUGGCAGAAAGGCAAUGCAGUGAUGUAGGAGAAGCUCCUACUUUAGAGCAGAGGCAUCAAUAUCUCAGCAAUGCAGUUUUACAGGCUAAAAGUGCAAUUAACAAUGAUAGUUUAGUAAGUACAAGAGAAACUAUUGAUGAUGGAUUGCUAGAUAUGCUUGAAGCAAAGCUUAUGGUUCUUCAAUUCCAAAUGAAAAUUAAAGAAGAACUCAAGGCAACAGCAUUAAGGUUUGAAGAUUUGCCAAGCACCAGUGUAUCCCCUCCUAGUGAUCCUUUACAUACUAGCCUGAUGGUUGACUCUAACAUUGCAAAGGAUGCCAAAGACAAGGCAAAAGAGUUAACGCUGGAAUUAAAGAGCAUCACUCAAUUAUACAAUGAAUAUGCUGUUCCUUUUAAGCUUUGGGAGAUAUGCCUAGAGAUGCUUAACUUUGCAAACUAUUCUGGAGAUGCUGACAAUAAAAUUGUUAGAGAAAUCUGGGCUAGACUUCUUGAUCAAGCUCUUUCAAGGGGAGGCGUUGCUGAAGCCUGCUCUGUGUUGAAGAGGGUUGGGUCGAAUCUUUAUCCUGGAGAUGGGGCUUGCUUGCCUUUAGAGACACUAUGUCUUCAUCUUGAGAAGGCUGCUCUGGAGCGUUUAGAAUCAGGAGUUGAACUUGUGGGAGAUGAGGAAAUUGCGGGAGCCCUUCUCGUAGCCUGUAAAGGUGCACAUGAGCCUGUAUUAAGCAUAUAUGACCAAUUGCUGUCAAACAGAGCUGUUUUGCCUUCACCAGCUCUGAGACUGCGGCUUCUCCGAUCAGUUCUUGGGAUCCUUCGUGAGUGGGCCACGUCUGCACUUGCUUAUAAAAUGGGUACUACAACAGCCGGUAGUUCUAUUAUAUUCGGUGGAACAUCAGCAUUAGAGCAGACAACAGUGAUAAAUCAAGGAAUUCGGGACAAAAUCACUACUGCAGCUAACAGGUACAUGACUGAAGUGCGGAGGUUGGCCCUUCCACAAAGUCAGACUGCAGCUGUCUACCAAGGUUUUCGAGAAUUGGAAGAGCAACUUUUGUGUUCUACUUCCUUUGAACCAUACUGACAUUUUUGUUCAUAUUCCAUUGAACUUAGCCUAGCUAAUCAGCUGUUCUUUGCAUUCUACCAUCACAGAAAAAAUAGCCAUUUUAUUAGAAUAUAUCAAAUAAUUAUACUUAAUGUGUGAUAUCUGGCUGUGUACUCCUUACGGUGAUAUGCAGAAUUUUGUAGUUUAUACUUGAAAAAAAUGCAGAAGAUACUGACAGAUAUUUUGUGGGGUAGUUAAA